CGGCUGCUCUAGUACUGGCCUUGGGCGGAGGUGACAAUCACCAAUCCGGCCAAGGCCCAGAUAGCUAAUGUUACCGCCAACUGUUACAGGUAUGUGUGCAGCUGUGACAGGACUGAGCUGGAGACGAUGAGGGGUCCUACCCCGAAAGGGUCCAGUCUUGGAUAUUAGCAGGCGUAGUGAGUGGGUCACGGUUCGGCUGCUAAACUGCUAACUUUUUUGCUUUUCUUGUUUUAGUAAUGGCUGAAAGUAAACGAACGGAAUCAUUACCCCAGGUGGGUACCUGCUCAAGCGGGGAAUCCCACUCCUCCUUUUUGGAGGACAAGCCCAUGGAUUCUGGGGAGGGCAACGAUCAGCUUUCCUUUAACAAUGAUAAUGUUACUGUUCAGAACACCGCUAUGGAGACGGAACCUGGGGAGAUCCUGGACACGCCAGAGGUCUUCUCGAGAAGUUCCUUAACAGCAAGAACUCCACCCAAUUCAUCAACUGAUGUGCUUGAGCUUUGCCACAGGUUAGAUGCGGACCUGAACAAGCCACUAAACACCAGCAGUGCUGGUGACUCUCCAUCUCUGGCGGAUGUUUCGUCCGACUCUGAGAUCACUUUUACAGUUAUGACCAAAACUGAGUACAAUAUGUCUGUUAGAGAAAGGAAAAAGGCUGAGGGCACGUGGAUCCCUAACAGACAGUGGAGAAAGAGGAAGCGAGAGUCCCUGAGUUCUCCUGGGGAAGGUUCAGGCGUAUCACCGAUGCGUAGAACCGGAUCCGAUAGUAACCCUGGGUCGUCUCAAAAUCCUCCUCCUAAGAGAAAUAAAAACUCUAAUCAAUCAGCAGAUGGACUCGUUGCAGGAAAGGCCAGCUACAGAGAUCAGCUUGUGGGUCACAAGUUGGCAGUAGCUCCAGCGGCCUAUCCCGAUGCGAGAUUCUCUGUUGAGGAAUGUGAUUUGUUGCAGGACAAACUGAUGGAGUUGGUGUUUGGUGAUGACGGCGCCAACAUUCCUCAUCAGUUUGAAAAAAUUUACCAUGAGAAGGGUGCUCUUGUCGUUACUUGUGGUAAUUCUGAAACAACUGACUGGCUAAAGAGGGUGGCACCGAAGCUGGCGCUGGGAAGUGAGGGGAGUAUGGAGGUCAUUGUAGCAGACUAUAAGGAUCUGUUGCGCACGACCAAAGUGCUCCUACGCACUGACAGGCGCUUGGCCAAGGUCGAAGCCUCUAAAGUGUUUGUUCAGAUUGAGCGGCAAAAUCCUGGUGUCACGACUAAGGACUGGCGCGUCAUUGGUGGGAAGAGGAAGGAUGAUCAUCAGAUUCUUGUUCUUGCUAUUGAUGAAAUGAAUGCGCAGGUUCUGAAAGAUCGUGGCUGGAUUAUCUAUCUGGGUCUGGGGAAAAUACAGCUCAGAGUUAUCUCUGGUGCUCCCUGUGAUGACCCAGGUCCUCCAAGCGAACCUACAACAUAGUAAGGCUGCCACGGCUGUGUUCUGUCUGAGCACGGUUAAGCAGUCCUUAGAUUAUGCCUUGAUUCAGGAACCCUGGAUCAAUAAUUUUAGAAUUGCGGGGAUGGGAACUAUAAAGGGUAGCAUCUUCUCUGCAUCUGUACCACACCCUAGAACUUGCAUUUGGGUUAAAGAGGGGCUAAAAUGUAAUCCAGUUCUAGAGCUUUGUUCGAGGGACGUAACAGUAAUUAAGACUGUAUGCACUAAAUCCAACAUAAAACUGCUGCUGGCCUCUGUUUACAUGCCACAGGGCGACGAUGGACUGUUCCCAUCGGCCGAGGUCAGAAGAUUGGUCGACCUCGCACACGAGUCUGGAUCCGAACUCGUGAUAGGCUGCGACUCCAAUGCCCAUAAUACGGCCUGGGGAUGCAGGGACACUAACAACCGAGUGCAGCAGGAGGAGGUGAGUCCAGAGCGGCCUAACCUGGGCCGUCGUGCCACUCAUUCUAUGUGGAGCACUGCUUGCCGCAUAGUCACCUUCAGCAAGGUAAGAUGGGCUGUUGGCUUAUUACGACCCUUCAAAUCGCCGGGUCCUGAUGAGGUAAGACCUGUUUGUUUGCAGGAGGGUCUUGAUACAAUUAUACACCCACUCUGUAAACUUUUCAG